UCUUUACGUCAGACGGUUUCCCACACGACACCAAAACAUCAUGGCGGAUGCUACGCAGAGUGCCGCCGGUUCGGAGGAGGUUCUGAUGGAAAACCCCGAGAGUUCGGCGGCGGGGGGAGGCAGCGGGACACCGGGAGCUGGAGCCCGGGAUAAACCGGUGUGUCUGAUCGUGCUGGGGAUGGCGGGCUCCGGGAAAACCACCUUUGUUCAGGUGAGUAAGCGCGUGAAGCUAACGGUGGUUAGCCGCGUGAGUUAGCUUCUUUACAGAGACCGAAAACAGUUAAUGUGUCUGUUUUUAAACCUUAGUCUCCUUUAUAUCAAUAUUAAAUAUCAUUAACUUAUGGUUAUGAUCUGUUCUGUUGUUAAUCAAUACUCGAUGAUUUAAUGACAGUCUAAAGAUUCUGUGGAUGUUUCUGGAAGAGAUGUGUGAAUCUGUGAAAAUCUCAUUUUUUCUUGACAAUUUAAACGUUUUAUUUUGCUCAUUUAUAGGAAUUAACUGUAAAUUGGGGGUAAUUUAAACAAACUGUAUCAUAUACAAACAUUAAUGUUAAUAUUUUUCCUUCAACAUUAGCUUGUGUGAAAUUCUUCCACACUUUAGAUGGUGAACGUGGCAUUUCUCUGUAUAAUAAAAUAUCAAAAAAGAUUUUUAAAUAUAGUUUGCUGAACAACAGGUGAUGGAGUAGGAGAUUAGUUUGAAGUAAAGGGUAUCAUGAAGAAGGAACAGUACCACUCCAUCCUCCAGCACCAUGCUGUUCCAUCUGGACUCAGACUUUGUUGUAGAAAAUCCAGCAUAAACUUAGUAAAACAACGCACAGGAGACAGGAUGAGAUCUGAAGAACAGCCUGGGCGUCUUUUAUUGUACAGAUGUAGAAAUCAGUACAGAUGACAAACAGAGUCUGUUGUUAAAGCCAGAGGAGGUUACUUUAAAGAAAGUCUAAGCAACAAUAACUCAAAUACCUCAUAAUUAUAGUCAAAAUGUCUUCUGAUAAGUUACUCUUUACACAAUAGUCAUGUUUAUUGUGUUGCAAAUUAUAUAUAUUAUAAAAUAACAAUUAUUAUGAUUUAUUAUUAUUACUAACGUCAAACUAUCAUUGGCUCCUGUAGAGGCUGACGGCUCACCUCCACACUCUGAAAACCCCUCCGUAUGUCAUCAACCUGGACCCUGCCGUCCAUGAAGUCCCCUUCCCUGCGAACAUCGGUGAGGACCCGCCGAGUCUUUAAACAACAUUAUUAUUAGUCAAACAGAGUUGAAUUUUGUCCCUCCUGCUCUCCGUCUUCUUCACUCAGUCUGUCCUCUCCUCCGCAGACAUCAGGGACACCGUGAACUACAAGGAGGUGAUGAAGCAGUACGGUCUCGGUCCAAACGGAGGCAUCGUCACAUCGCUCAACCUGUUCGCGACGCGGUUUGAUCAGGUGAUCCAGUCUAAAUCCAGUCCCUUUCUUUUUUUCAAAGUUAAAGUGAUGAGCUGUGUUAGUGAGGCGUGUCUACUGUAGAUGCAGUUUUCAAGUGUUUCAUUAUUCUUAUGUCAAGUCAAGGGUCUUACUUUUUUGUCUGAUACCGUCACAAGUCUGUGUCGAUCUUCUUCAGUAUAAAACUUUUUGUUUUUGUCUUCCAGGUGAUGCAGUUCAUAGAGAAAAAGCAGCAGAAUCACAGGUCAGUGUCUGUGAAAUCUCUUUUCUUUUUGUCGACGUAAAAAUUUCACAUUUUGGUGUAAAACAGGUCACACAGUUUUUUAUCAUAAUUAAAUAAAACUUUGCCAUGUGCAGGAUUAAAAUAAAACAUUGUCACAGGUGUCAGAGCUUCAUAACUUAAAAAAAUAAUCCUGCAUGUGUGUAAGGUCUGUAAACUAGAAAUGGAAACUAAAUGUAUUUGUUGGAGAAGCUCAACAAAAAGAAAAACAUAAAAAAAGAGUUUAAAAAAAGGAAAACUUCUCCAUCUUCAGUGAUUAUCAUCAAAUAUUCGUGCAGACAUCCACUCAUCAUGUCAAAUCAAACAUGUUUUAUUUUCUGAGUAAAGUUCAGAUCAUUAAGAACAUGAUCAUAUAUUCAGUGUUGAAAUCAUAUCUCUGAAGUUUAACGGGUUUGUUGACUGUUAUGUGUCUGAUGACCUUUGACAUCUGCAGGUAUGUGCUGAUAGACACUCCAGGUCAGAUUGAAGUCUUCACUUGGUCGGCGUCUGGAACCAUCAUCACAGAAGCUCUGGUGGGUCUGCGCUCGCUCUUGUUGUUUCAUUUACUCGAUAAAAUCACCGCCGGUUUGAUCUUCAUGUCUGCAUGUUUUUCAGGCGUCCUCGUUCCCCUGUGUGGUGAUCUACGUGAUGGACACGUCUCGCAGCGUCAACCCGGUCACAUUCAUGUCCAACAUGCUUUACGCCUGCAGGUACCAACGCUCCAACGAUCAGUGAUUAUAAAUAAAACACUGAAGUUAGUAUCAGACAUAAACCGAGUAAAAGAUUCGACCCUGCAGAUUCAUGUUCCUCAGGAAAAGUAUAAAAAUACAUCUAAAGAUACAAACGUCUCGACUUGUUCUUCCUCAGAAAAUGAGCGUUGAGAGCAAAUUAACUCAUAAAAUCUGGCGGUGAAUGAAGUCCAUUUGUGCGUUCAUUCAUUUGCAGUAGCUGUGUGGCAGCAGUGACUUUAUUUUACCAGCAGGUGGAGCUAACAGACAGUCUGACUUUUACACCCAAAACAGCAGAUUUUCCACUCUGGAUGAAACAGAAAAACAGACUCAGAUCUGCUCAGAUGAAGUCUCUCUGUUCCUGACUGAUCUGUUCAUUUCUCUGUUUCAGUAUUCUCUAUAAGACCAAGCUGCCCUUCAUCGUGGUCAUGAACAAGGUGAGAUCUCCGUCCACCACUUCUCCUUCUCUGUGUGUUUGUAACUUUCCUCUCAUGAACCUCCUCUCGAUGCUCUUCGUCCAGACUGAUAUCAUCGACCACAGCUUUGCCGUGGAGUGGAUGAAGGACUUUGAGGUUUUCCAGGACGCCCUGAAUCAGGAAACUUCGUACGUCAGCAACCUGACGCGCUCCAUGAGUCUGGUGCUGGACGAGUUCUACACAAACCUGAGGGUGAGAGGGCGAGCGUGCAGUGGGGGGAUUUAAUGGAGACAAAUUUAAAGACAGACCUCAAUAAUGCCUGAUGAACUCAGACGAGAUCAACGUUAGUUAAUGAAGAACUUUAAACCCUGACUGAUCUGCACCCUGAAACUCAAGGAGGCCGGACUUCAGCGUUAGUCGCCUUUCUUCGGGGUUACUCAGAUUUUUUACCUUUAGAGGGUCACACAGUAUCAGUACAUGCAGGUUAGCAUGUUUUUUCAGUUCACUAAACAAAAUAAAAACAACAAAAAUGGUUCUGUUAAGGAACUUAAAGUGAAAUAAAGUUUAAAACAACACUUUAAAAUGUAUAAUGUAGCUUUUAUAUCCUGUUUACAGUGUGAUAUAGAAGAGAGGCUUCAUUCAGGCGUGUGCAGCUGCUUUUAGUUUGAAAUGCAAAGGAAGUGAGCGGAGUUCGAAGGCUGUCCAGAGUUUACUGCUAAGUAUUAACCACCAUUAUUGUGGGAGGAAGUAUUUUAAAACAGCUGGGUUAUAAUAUUGAACAAAGCGCAGUGAUGGACGGACCUGAACUGGGACAAACAAAUACAGGUAUGGAGGUGGGGCGUCUAAAAACCGCCCUGAGCAGGUUUGACAGACGUGUAUCUGUGUUGGUUCUCUGGUCUUCCAGGUGGUUGGUGUUUCAGCAGUGACUGGAAGUGGAUUAGAUGAGCUGUUUGUCCAGGUGGAGGAUGCUGCACAAGAGUAUGAGAGGUACAUUUCUGGAUUAAAGGUUCAUACAUAUGCAUCAUGAUUUUAUCCAGCAAGAAGCUCAUUAACAUCAAACAGAAGGAGACCAAAGAUUGAACCCUGGGGAACUCCGAACAUUACUUUGUGUCGUCAGCGGAAUCAUAAAUGACAAAGACUAGAAAAUGACGUAUUCAAUGAGGAUUAUAAACUGAACUCUUUCCUCUUCAGGGAUUAUCGACCAGAAUAUGAACGACUUCGCAAACAGCUGGUGAGUCAGAGUUUCUGUCAUGUCCUGUUCUCGUACGUCUUCCUGUUUUUACCGACUCUCUCUCCUUCAGGCCGAGGCUCAGAGUAAGAAGCAGCAGGAGCAGAUGGAGCGGCUCAGGAAGGACCUGGGAGCUGUGGACAUGAGGAGCACACCUUCUUCAGGUGAUCAUAAACUAUCAUGAAAUACGACAAGUUUCCCGAGGUUCACAUCACAGGUUUUACGAUUGAACUCCCCACAAAUCACCAAAGUUUGUGUGUUUUAUUGUCUGAAGGAGACGCUGACGUAGCCGGGCCAAGUGACCUCAUCAUGAUGCGAGGAAACCCCGACAAAGAGGAGGAGGAGGUGGACAGCGACACUGACGAUAUUGACCACACAGGUGAGACAAGAAAAAACCCAAACACACAAAACUUUUUAAAAAACGAGUAAAUAUAAAAACAUUUUGAUUUUAAAAUAAACUCUUUUUUUCUUUUAGUGACGGAGGACAGCAAAGAGAAGGACGCCUUCGGUAACUUCUUAGCCGAGAGAAAGCAGGUGGUUCGGGUUCGGAACAAAAAGUGCGCCAUGCCUGACCCCUGACCCCUGACCCCUGACCUCUACAGCCUCACUUUGAACUCUACACAGAAAAGGAAGAAUUUAACGGAGGGACGUAGAAGUCCUCCUUCAGGUCUGGAGGUGCCUCAGAAACUCCUCCAUGAUGGUUUCCUCCGAGUCCAGAUACGAAGCCUGAACUCUUUGAGCUGAACUUCAAGUCCGAUCAGGUGACCUCUGACCUUGUUGCGCUAGGAAAAACGCUCCUCGGUGACGCUCCCUCCCCAACAGAAGCUCUAUUUUUAUAUUAUUAAAAAAGUCGUAUAUUCUGCUUUUUGAGUUUUUCUCAAUGAAGUUUUGUUUGUGAAAGCACUGAGAGGAUUUAUGAUCGACGGAAAUAAAAGCUUUUAGUUCUGAA